AUGUUGAAUCUUGAAAGUUCGGCGGUGCUAAAUUACAACGUAAAAAUGGCGCUCGACAACACGAAGAAGAAGCGGUAAGUAGUCGUUGUUUACUGGCGGACUUUCCGCUUUAGUUUCCGUGUCUCAUUUUCGUGACGUCGCUUUUUGACGCUUGCAUUUUUGUGCUUUUUUUUCUCGUUUUUCUCAUAGGAACCUUUUGAGCAUAGUGGAUAGGCUUGUUGAAAAGACUGGAGCAAAAAAAGAUUCCAAUGUACGGAAAAAACAGGUACAUCUUGGCAGCUUUUUAGUAUCGCGCAACGCGCAAAUCGAAGUUCAGAACGGGCGAAGUUACGCAUACAUGAAAAGCUGACCGGUUUUCGACGCGCUUUUCGCUUUCGUCCCAGUAUAUUCGCUUUAACUCAUUUGCGCACGUAAACUUUACAUAAAUGUACAUCUUCUCAAGCUUGAUAGACUUUUACGCAUUGUUUUGCGUCGAAAAAAGGAAGAUUUUCUUUUGAGAAAUACGAAAUACUCAUGCAACUGUGUCCGUUUUGCGUUCCUUGUUGAGCAUAGAUACCGUUCGCUGCGGGCAGAAUUUUGGCUUUCCAGCGAUCGUUUAGUCGCAUUUUUGUUCUCAUGUUAUGAUUUGCGAUGUAAUUCGAUGGGUUUAGUUUGUUUCCGUAUUUUCUGCGUAAUAUUCUCAAUGCGCACUGUCCAAUUUAGUGCCAGAGCUUUCGAGAGCUUGUUUAGACUCGCAAGUGAGGUCGAAGCCGACUGAAAGUGCGUAUUGCGGCUCCAAUCCUCUUUAAGCGAAUAAGAGCGACUGUCGUUCACUAUCACAGGGGUAGAUUUGGUCUUGGCGGUAUGCGCAAGACUUUAAACCGCACGUCUUGACGAAAACCUAGUUUUCGACGCGCAUUGUGCAAAAUUCUAGAACGCAUUCAUUUCCGACGGGGCGCUUGUCACCAUUGAGAAAACGAGACGAGCGCGCGCUGGUUGAGUUCAACACAGCGGACAAAUCAGUAUUUAUAGGCAAUAAUUGAAAUAUUCGUUCACUGGAAACAUCUUUUUCUCGCACUGAGACAGUUUUCAGGCUAGCGCAACGCUUUAAAUUACGAAACUGCGCCUCUAUAUCUUUCCGUGCGUCACUUGUACUUUCAGUUUUGAGAGCUCGAGCAACAUAAAUUUCCGCCUCAUUGGAGUGCGCUUUUGUUGAUACAUAAUAAAGGAAGCAAUUACUGGAACUUUUUUCUUUUUAUAACCCAAACACUAAGGUCUUCUUCGACGUUUUUGUUAAUAUAGACGAGCGCAUGACAAAAUUUUACAAAAAAAAUUAAGGCACAUUCAGAACAACGCGUAAUAUUCGAGAAAUUUUGCGUCAGUUGUCGUACGGUAAGCUACGAGUUGAUGUUUAGCCAACACAGAGAUUUUGUGCUGGAGAAUCAGUUGAACCGUCUCUUACUCGGUUGUCUUCAAGUUUUAUUUUGCGCAGCACAAUUGGGGGAGGUGGUGCUAUAAACUUGGUUGAUGACUUGUCCGCCAAUAAGACUGUUGAUUUGGGGGCGGUCUUACAAAAACACAGAUACUUGAAUUUUAUUAAUCCGUGAUGAAAGUGCAGCGAUCUUUGAACUAUUUCAAAAAUAACGAGUAAAAUUUAAUUGUUAAGUUAAAUUUCUUAUUGUGUGAAGCUGACACAUCUUUGAAAGUUUGGACAGUUCAUGCUGUGAAAAGUAAUCUUUAAUAGUACCAACUCUGAAAGAAGUUUUACAACUCUACAUGAGAUUGAAAAAAGGUUUACCCUAGUAAGGCAACAUAUUAUUUUGUGUUGAUCGCAUCUAAUUCUGCCCCAUCCCCUGUUCUCCAUUCCCCAUUCCAGUUAUAAGGGUAUAGAAACAUGGGUCUCAGAAAAUUUUGGCCUGAUGUCCAAGUCUCAGAAGCAUUUUUGAUAGGUCUUGAAUUUUGAAACCGGGGUCUUGCAAAGUCUUGAAUUUACCAUUUUUUACCCCUUAACCCAUUCACCCCUGAACCGCCCGUAACCGCCUGUGCGGAUCCACGUCUUUUCUACCCUUUGUGAUGUCAUCAGUUUUAAUGGUAAAGGACAACUUUGUCCGCUAACUUGUGCAGAGUGAAGAGAUCUUUCAAACCAUACCAGAAUUCAGUCAAGGACACCGGAGAAAGAGGCAAAAAACCAUGUAACGUUGACCUGAAAAUCUGCAUGAAAAUCUUGUUCCAUUGCUCACCUACCUUUCCUUUCACCUAAUCCUAAGAUCCUAAAAGCUUUCCUAAAACUAGUCCCACCAAAAUUAAGCCUACUAAAUGCCCAGCAAGAGGAAAAAAAAUGAGGCAGGAAAGGCGAAAAAAGAGGGGAGGAGAGAAAGCGAAAAGUAAAAGUCAAGACUGCUGUGUUACUUUUAAACCCAAAAACUAUCUUGAAAUUUUGCUUUCUGUGUAUGCCCGAACUUCGCAAGCUGAUAUUUUGCAUCUGGAUCAGAAGGCCGUGAAGUGUACAACCUGUAAACCGGUUUGUUGUAAGUUUUAGCUCUUUAUAGCAGGACAGUGGCCAGAAAACCACUCGAGUACCUUCAAAACGCGUUUUUCGGCAAAAUCUCCAGGAGCGAAUGGGUUAAUUAUUUCCCUUUUCAGCAGUCUUUUCAACCUCCCCUUUAUUUUUUUACUGACAUCUUACGGGAUUCAUGCAUACAGUUGUUGACCCUUUGCCACUUACCAUAGUAAAGUUUGUGCUCACUGACCAAAUAAAAACCAUUCCAGCAGAUGAAAAUAGAAACUUGAUCUAAUAAUGGUUUUCAGUGCCAGGAAGUUCUAUAUACACUAAACCACAUCCUUAUCAGGCUGGCUCAAUUAAUUUUACAGAAUGUUAGGCCAGUGACCUUUUCAAGGGUCAUUUUAUUUAUGCACUUUUGUGCAAAGUGCUCUGACACUAACAAGAGGUAAAUGCCAGGUAAAAGCAUCUUACACAUAUGGUCAUUUUGCCCUUCAUAGACUAACUUUGUUAUAGUACAGCUGCACAUAUGCUUGAGGGCGUGAAAUUCCUGUCACGCCUCCUGUACACGAGCUGCAGUGAUGUUACUACAGUCCCUCUAUUUUUCUCGCUUCCUCCCAAAUGACCCCUGCCCCUUAAGUAGUUUUGACACUCAUGCAAGAUGGCAGCCCGUAACGCAAAGCGCUCUAUCUUGACUAUGUUACGGAAAAAUAGAGGACUGUGAAUAGUCUAAAAUCCCAUUGAAGUUCAAAACUGCAAGGACCAUUCUCAUCUGAGCUCUAUACAUUGUUGCCUUAAUUACCAGCCUAUGUGAAUGGAGUGCUACUUGUUUUUCCUAAGAGAUGUAACCCUGUUAAUUUUUUUUUAGGAGGUAUCAUCACCUUCUCCAAGGCCACCAAUUUCCAUUAUAAAGUAAGUGACACAAUAUUCUUUGUAUAUUCACUUAGUUUUAACUUUGGCAGAGGUAUGGUGACACUGUUUGUCUUUGCAAGCCAUGUGGGUGUUUUAUUCUCCAAUAAUUUUGAUAUGUAGUUCUUUGUACCUUGUUAGUCUAAAAUUUGCUAUCUAUGGGGUAGGUCUCAAUUUUUAAGGUAGGUCUCUGGCAGAACAUAAUGCAGUGGAAAUGAAAACCCCUAGAAUGGAGAAAAAUGAUUUUAUUGUCUGACAGUGGAGCUUGUAGCUUAUCGGAAUGGCUUUUGCAAGAAGAGAUUUAAAAGGAGAUUUUGUCACAGGGGCUGUAAGUAUACCUAUCUGCCUUCAAAAAGGCUACUUUGUUAAAUCCUUUAAGCCUAAAGUAUUUACAAGCAGAUUCUUCAGACUAUUCUCCGUACAUUUCUCCUUAAAGUUGAGAGAAUUUGACAAAGGUUCAAAACAUUUUCCCUUUUGUGAUCACUUUAUUUCUCAUAACCUUUUUUCUUGAUGUUAUUGUUGAUAUUGUUACUUUUAGGAGAAAAUUGGUGUUCUUUGUCCUGUAUGUCUAUCUUUCAUCUGUGAUUCAUUUGACGGGGUGCCCUGUCUUUCUUUUUUAUUCAAGAAAUCUCAAAAUUUAAUGCUUCUUAUAUUGAUUCUUUCAGGCCAUAUCUGUUGCCACCUACACCAUCAUCAGAUCCUGCAUCACCUUGUGUCAGUGAUCAGGAAAGUGCCAGUGAUGUGGAUGAGCAAGCCAAUCAAAAGGGAGCAGAUGAGGAGAGUGAAGAAGUGAAGAAAGGUAAAUAAACAAACAGAUAACCCACAGGGAGCCCACAGAAGUUCUUUUUCAGCCAAGUGAAGUCCAGGAUCAAUCCCAAUAAGUAUUUCUCAGAGGGCAUCAUGAGCACUGCCAAAGCCAGUUGGAGAUGACUUAAAGUCUACUGCUCUUCAGUCAAAUGAUGAUGUGAAUCCACUGUUCCCUAGACAUCCAUAUCAUAGACACCUCAUUAUUAUGGAUCAUUUGCUUUUUCUCUUGGGAAAGAAAGCUCCUAGAUUUUCUCUAAAUUCAACCCAUUUAUACAGACAUCCCGUUAAUACAGACAAUUUCAAUGGCCCUGUCAGUGUCUGUAUUUACGGGGCUUGACUGUACAGUUUUUGAACAACAAUAAAGUACUAUAGUGAGCUCUGAGAAAGAUUAACUAAGAAACAAGGUCGCUUUAAUCACCCACUCUCACUCAUGAUCAGCCAUGGGAUUAAAUAAAGAGUAUAUUUUUAGGUUUACUCAUCACAGGAAUGUCACAACAAAAAUGGUAUUGUGUUUUGGAAAUUUAAUAAUGCUGGUUGUACCAUUUAUUUAUUGUCAGGCCCUGUUGUUCCGAAACAGCCCAUGAGGUGUGAUGUCUGUGGACUGAGAGUGUAUAAAUCCUACCGUUUUAUCAACCGCACUAGCGCACCAGUACAUCUUAAACACUUUAUUACCCCAGAAAAUGACCGCAUCAGGGUAUGCAAAACUUGCUUUAGUUCCCGAGAGCGCUGCCGGAAAAACCUUGCCCUUAUUCUGCUGCGCUCUAAGACAAGCCAAAUGACUCAUCUGCGGACUCCCCUAGGAGUUACACAUGGCCGUUCAACCAAAGCUAUGGAUUACAUUGUAAGGGACCUAAAAAAAGGAUUCAAGAGACCGUACGAUGAUCUACUUUGUGAUGAGACAAUGGCGGAUGAAGAUGAAAUGGAGGCCGAUGAUGAGAGGUUCUUGUUGAAUGGCAACACAAACAGGAACCAGGCAACAAUGCCUAAACUCUUUGCAAUGGAAAAAGAGAAUGCCAAACAGGCUUCACCAACACCUGCCCCUGUGAAGAACACUGGCAUUGUUACUGUGGUGAAACGUCACGGUGGAAAGUAUAACCCAACACCCAAUUGCUUUACAAUUUAUGGAGAAGUUGACAACUUGAAGAGCAAUGAAAAUGUUGUAAGCACAGGUGCCAGAGAGCAAAAUGAAAACAGCCUUCCUAUUAAUGUGACUGAAAAUCUUAAGAAACUAGUGGAUCAGAAUUCUUCAUUACCGUCAACCGUGAACAUCACCUCAAAUUCAGAAAUUAAAUCCAUAAAUAAUAAGCUGACAUUCUUAGAUCAUGCUUAUGCUUUACCACCACCAAAGGGGAAAGUGCCAUCGGUACUUAGGACUCAGGCUGUUACCAAAAUGAAGGUUCCGACAAGCAAGACCGUGAAAGAGACAAAUGCAACCAAGCAAGAGCCACAGAAAAAGACUGGUGAGUAUUGUAAGUUCCUUGCUGAAAAUGUGAGUGAUGUAACGUUGAACCUCCAAUAACCGCCACCUUUGCACAGUAGACAUGUCUUGUUAGCUUUAUGUUUUGUUUUCCCAAUGCAGGUCGUGUAAUAAUACUCAUUAUUAAAAACUGAAUCAUCGGAUAAUGCAAUUCUAGCAUUUUGAUUGGCUUAGCCGUUAUGGUAUAUGAGCUAUUAUACCAUGCUCUCCAUAUAUGGUCGGUGUACCCGUCAGUUUAAAAUUGGAAGCUAGCUGAGAUUUUUUUUAGCAAAGGAUAGAACGGCGCCCGAAGCAAAUCAUUUUAAUUCAUUUUUUAGAAUACUAGAAAUGCAAUUUCAUUGAAAGAAAAAAGACAAAAACAAACAAAAAAGCCACAAGAGCUUGUUUGAAAGUUUGUCGAAAAACACAUGAAAACACAUGGAACUAAAGUACCGUGACCAGCUACAAAAGAAGACAAGUGUUGUUUCUUCAUGAUCGCGAAGCCAUUCGUCGAUCGAGUCACUCGCUGAUAGAUAACUGCGGCUUGUUUAUCCGACAUCAAGAAUAUAAAUCACAAGUAACCAGCUACAAAUACAGGCUAUGCAGCCAUUCACUAGAGCAAUCGAGGCGGCAGUAUAGCUUCUUUUCUCGUUCAGCAAAACCAGCUUGUGGCUUCAAACAACUUCAUAACAAGCGACCGAGGUAAUAGUUUUUCUCCGUUGCUCUUACUUUUAUAACUGCACCGAAAAUCCAAAUUCACAGUAAUUUCAACGGCUGUCACUUAAAAAUUAUUUUCCUUCACAUUAUCUGCCAGGUUUUUUAAGCUGUUCUGCUGUGUCAAAUCCUAGAAUCCCGAUGAGUUUUUAAAAAACUAAUGUUCAUCGCUACAAUGUUUUGAUUUUUCAUUCUUGCAGUUCAGGCGAGUCCCUUCGCGUGUUGACAGUUUUGAUAGACGUGUGACAUGUGAAUAGCGGAAGUCCCUUGUCUUUUCCAGUUUGUUCUAGUCGGGGAGAUUCAACGAGAUUUUGUGGGCGUUUUUAAUAAAACAAUUAUUCCACUCGCGCUUGUUGGAUAUAAGAUGAUUAUAGCCAACUCGGCGCUACGCGCCUCGUUGGCUAUCUAUCAUCUCAUAUCCAACGCGCCCUCGUGGAAUAAUUGUUAAAUAGAACUGUUUCUUUUGUCCAUUACAAUCAUUAGAUGCGUAUGUACACAUAAUUUAUGAAAGGACAAAGGGGCUGCUUGCUUUGGAAAAUCAAAACAUACAAGUUUUUUUAUGAAGAAGUCUAUUGCAGACACAAUCUUUUUAUGCCACCAAGCUAUGCAAUGAUUGUAUAGCAAUAAUUUAUACAUUAAUAAUUGUACAGCUUGUUCUAUUAUUGUAUAGCUUGUCAUGGACUGUCUCAAACAAAAACCUAAACAUAUCAAUGAAAAAAAAUUAUCUUUGGCAAUGGAAAUGCUGCAUCAGCAUAGUCAAUGGCACAAAUUACUCUAUUUUGGUAGGGCCAUUAAUAGCCGGGGGGGGGGUGGAUUCUUGGGUUAGUUUUUGCUGGGUAUGUGCCGCUGGCUUCUCAGAACCCCUACCCCAUUUUAGUAAAAUCCAACUAGUGGUCUAUUAUCAAUGCUGCAUUCCGAUUGGUUGAGCUACUACUAGGCUAUAUGUUAUAGCCCACUAGUAGCGAAAAGCGCAGGCUUUUUGGGACAAAAAAGGAUUAAAGUCUAGCUUUUAACUAGCUAAAAUUUUUUUAUUCUCAAUAUUUUUGGCCAACUAGUUGGAUUUUACUAAAACAAUUAUUCCUCUCGCCCCGAUGGGCUAUUGACUCAGAGCCCAUUCGGGCUUGAGGAAUAAUUGUUAAAUAGUCUAUUCUGUUGCCAUAUUAUAGACCCCAUCUUAGUCACUGUGGGAAAAAAGUAAUUUUCGCAAUCCCAACUUAGUCACUUUCUGUUUAUGCAUCUACCUUAUAAAGCUUUUUAACUUGGUCAUCCUGAAAUGAACUGACACAUUUGUUAAACUUUAAUAGUGUGGUGUUAAUCUUUCUAUUUUUAUAUCCCUAUAUACCUGAAUUUUCUGGCCCCCAAAAUCCUGAAAAAAUGCAACCCAAUUCUAGUAACUCUUAUCAAAAUGCAGGCCCAUAAUAGUCAAUCCAGUCGUGAAAAUGCGACCCCACCCAGCAGCACAUACCCAUUAGCUUACUACUAGGAAGUACCCCACCGCACUCACCCCUGAGCAUUAAUGCCAUUAACACAUGAAGGGUAGUGCAACUAAGGUGUAUGUAAUUAGGAUGUAUCAGUUGUCUAUUAUAUGGCUGGUUUCAUAUGCAAGCAAGAUGAAGCUAUUCCUGUGUUCUGAUGGCUAUUUCUUGCCCACUCAGGAUUUUCAGCUUUGGUCUUGCAAGAAAAAAGUAACUUUUAUCUUCUGUGGCCAUAUAUCAAAUCCUUUACUGUUUAAGCUUCUCCAGUCAAGAUGGCUGAAUAUUGGCCUGGUUCUUUUUUGGUGUUUUUCUUGGGACGUAUACAAAACAUGGACCCUUGGUUUAUUUGCACCCUUUCGUGGACCCCAUCCAUGGACCACCCCUACUUUUUUAUGACGAGUUUAACCUGAGGUCUAAAAAACUUUAGGAACCUUAAGCUGAUGAAACUUUGGUCAGUUUUUAUUAUUAGGGAGAUGGGCUCCUUAUGUAUAUUAUACGUUUCUGGGAAACUGCCCACCUACCCCUCCCCUAAGCCAACAUUUUGCCUUAAGUGAAAAGUGAGUGUUAAUGUUGGCAUAGGGGAGGGGGUAGAUGGGCAGUUUCCCAGAAUCGUAUAAUGAUCCUAUACUUGUUCAAAAUUUCUUUCAAUUCCAUACCAAUGUAAUGGGUUUGCUUCUGGUGAAGGAGUAAUCAUAUAAUUAUUUAAGGGAAAAGGAGGAGAAGUAGGAAGGAAGUAGUCUCCUCAUAAUGCAGCUCUGUUUUUGUCUUCCUUUUGCGCAAAAAUUCAACAAAAUCGGCUGCUUAGGAACCUAGGGAUGAAGCAUAAUGUCUGUGUGUUUGUAAAGGAAACAAUCUUGACUUGAAUGAAGGGCAAUUUACAUAAACCAACCUGUUGUUGUCCACAAACUUGUCAGAUGUCUGGCCAACAAUGAUAAUGUGCAGGUCAUUUUGUGCUUGAUUCGUGAGUAGGAUUCAAUAUAAAGUUUGUUUACCAAUCAAUAUUUCCAAGGGCUAUAAGGGAAGGGAAGUCUGGGAAGGAUACUCAAUCUUCUAUGCAGCUGUUUUUGUUUCAUGCAGUGGGAUGACACAAAAAAGAGCUGCAUGGAAGACUAACAUAUCCCCUCAGUAGUACAGUAUGGGGAAAGAUGUAAGUGACACAGGGCUGCAGUUAGGUGGGUCCUGGGGUGUUAGUGGCCCCUCCUUUAUGAGAGGUAUCCUUUCUAUUUUUCUGCAAAAAUAGGAACACCUCGAACUCCAGAUCUGGAGGUCCGGGGUUCACGCCUUGUCUGUCACGUUGUUUCCUUAGACAAGUAACUUUACUCCACUUUGUCUCUCAUCUCCCAGGUAUAUAAAUGAGUACUGGUGACAUAUUGCUGGGGGCUAACCCUGCAAUCAAGCAAUACUCGUAGGCAUCCUUCAUGCUAACGAGACUGGGAUCUGUUCUGGCCAUUUAAGCCUUUGGCUUAUGUGCACCUUUACCUUACCUUACCUUGCUCCACCCAAACUCACUGCUCAUACUAAAAAACUGUUACCUUUAGUAAAACCAUUUUUAAGCCUUUAACUUUGGUAAAACCAUUUUAAGCCAUUUUUAAGAUUCAAAACAUGGGAUGACUGCCAGUGUUUAUGGUGGGUGAUUGAACUUGUUACUUUUUUUUUUCUUAGCAUCAGCAGAUGGGCAAACUUCUACAGAAAGAACUUGUGGUAUAGUUUGCUUCAUGUGUGACAACCUCGUCACAAAAUCCUACAGCUGCUACAAGAAAGAAAAUGCACCAGAAAAAAUCAAACAUCUCUUCACUCCUGGAGUCAAAGUAGUGAAAGUUUGUCGCAGAUGCAUGCCAUAUAAAAAGCCCAAAGAAGAAGAUGGCAGUGCAGGAGCUGGAAAGGGGAAAGUAAAAGCAGUUAAGGGGAAACUUGCCAAGAUCAAAAGUGCAAAGCUGGUUAAAAAUGCCAAGUCAACUAGUAAAGCUAACUCUGGAAAGAUGAAUGAGAAGAAAGUCCCAGCUGUAAAGUCACCUUCAAAAGAUGAUAAAAAGCAGAAGGAUGGAAUCAAGGAAGAUAAAGCAAAAGUUUCCCCUACCAAAAAACAGUUCAUUGUCAUGCAAACAAAGAAAUUACCAGCCUCAAAAGUACCCAUGGCCAAAGAUGUUAAGCUUGCAAAUACCAAACCUAUUCAAGUUGUGAUGGGUAAGCUUAUUAUUCCACCUAAAGAGGAAACCAAGUUGGAAGGUGGAAAAUCAGUCAGUCCCAAAAAUGCUAAUACAAGUGCUAAAGUCUUGUCGACCUUGGUCAAGAGCCCUGGACAGAAAAGUGACAAGGGGAUCAAUACAAUGGAAAAAGUUAAAGACAGUUCAGUUGCCAGUGAACACUCUGCAGAAAAUAAGCCCAAAGCAGCUAAAGUUGACUUUGGUACACAAUCAAUGAAAUCUAUGAUUGGUCUAAAUAAGGUUAAAAUCAAGUCAGCAGAGCCAGUGUCACUGUCCAAUGAAACGGUAUCAGAGGACACUCCAGAAAAAGAAUUAAAUGAAAAAGCUGAAGACAGACCCAAGGUUAGUGCUUUAAAACAAGUGACAUCAAGUGAUGCAAAUUCAACGACAUCAAAUGAUGUAAAAAUCAGUUCUCAGACGCAGAAGGAAGAUGUUGAGCAAGAAUUGAUAGGAAAAAGCACAAGUGCUGCAACUGAAGAAAUGGGAGGUGAUGUCAAGAAAAGUGUGGUUUCAUUGCUUGAGCAAGAAGAAAAUACCAAAUCCGAAUCAAAGAGCAGCGAGGAGAAGAAAACAGAUGAAAAAGUAGAAAGAGUUGCUGCAUGUAAAAGUAUUGCAGAAGGGGUGAAAGUGAGAGAAACAAGGUCAUCUUCAAGGUCUCCAGUGAGAGCAAGAGAAAUGAAACCUGCUGAAGUUUCAUCACCCAGGAGAGGAAGGAGUUCGGGAACUCCUGACAAAAAGCGUGAGGAUUAUAAACAGAUAGUCCCGACUGUAAUGACACGGAAAAGACUGGCGUCAUUUUCUGAGUCAGAAGGUGACAAAAAGGCAGAAAUUGAUUCUGCAGUGGGAAGCAAGAGACGUGCUGUUGCUGCCCUGCUCGAAAAGAUGUCCAGAAAAUCUGCUGAGUCUUCUCAGAAUGGCUCUGCUACCAAAGUCAAAGGGGAUAGCAGCAAUGAGGAAGUUUCUAGUGGCAAAGGUGAGAUACAAUUUUAGGCUUUGAUUUCUUUAGCUCAAAAAUAGCCUGGAUAUUCACUCAUAAAACUUUGCUGGUCAGAUGUGAUUCAAAGGCUCCACUAAACAAGUGGAUCUAGACAAGUGCAAAAAGUACUCUGGGCAGUUUCAUUUCUUUGAACUGAACAUUCUAGAGUUCACAUGCAAAACUUGUGGACAAAUUGAGUCAAAGAACAAUGGCUCCUAAGUUGUAAUGACACAAGAGGGUUGCCAGUACCAUAGGGUUUUCUGGUAGAGAAUACCCUAGAGAUCUCGGCAGUUGUGUCAGGACAGUGACACGGAGGUUUCCUAAUAACACUCCGCAACAGAUUCAGCCAAUGUCUAUUUUAUUACCUUUACAGUUAGGGGUUUCCCUUUCUCGUAAUUUGUUUUAAAAGCCCUAUUUAAAUCUUGUCAUAUUAAACUUAAUCCUUGCACUCCAGAUAUUCUUGAUGGUGUGUUUUUAUUCAAUAUACCCCAGAAGGUAGUCACUGCUGUAGGGAUCCCUUUGCCUGGUCCUUAGGCUCCAUUAUUCCGUGCUGUCUAUGCAUUUGGGGUCACAUGGUCUGAAUGAGUUUUUUAGCAUGUCUCAGAUAUGUCACUGACACAAAUUGACGGAGAAGGCGUGGGAAAAUGCUGGACAGAGGCUAGGUAAGGGUUUCCUCUCAGGGUAAUGAUUCAGAGUUGUCAACGUCCAAACAGAAGUUUUUGCACAGUGUAGUGACAAAGGUGUUCAAUACCUUAGUGACCUGUCAGAGGGUAUUGAAAAAGGUGACAGUGUUCUGCAUCAGACGUGGCCAAUACCUUCCUUAGUUGCUCCCACAUGUUGUUUAAUAGUGUUUUUUUUUACAGUUUGGAGAAAUAGAAACAUGCAGUGUUUGUGUUUGUUUCCAUAGGCAAAGGCCAUUCUAUGACAAGGAGAAAUCAAAUCCCAAUUAAGUGUCCAGGAUGCAAUCAAAAGGUAGUCAAGUCGUACAGGUGUUUUAUGAGAGGCAAUGCACCAAGUCAUAUCAAGCCUUUGUUUACAGAACAGGCAAAUCCAGGUGAAAUGCUGCGCAUUUGUCGAAAAUGUCUGAAGGGAAAAGGAAAAUCUUAG